GUGAGUCAUAGGCAUCUUUGUGACAUCAUAGCCACCCCCUCCUUUAGCACCUCCCCUACCCCGAUGAAACUAAAGGAGCAACACCAAGAGAGGAAUGAACAUCUAAAGCUGGGGCCCUCUCGCCAUGGAACUUGAUCAAGAUCAGAAAGUGGAAACACCAGAAGCAGCAGAAAACGGAAAGGAUGAAAUGCAACUGGAGGAACAAACCCAAGAUGAAGACACAACUGAAACUGAAACUGAAACUGAAACUGAAACUGAAGCCGAAGCUGAAGGGGCAGAUGGAACCAUACUUGAGAGGACUGAGUCGGUAAAAGCGAAACUCGUCCCCCAGGCAGAGAAGCAAAUCCAAGAUGAGAAAACUGGAAUUAAAGAGGCAGAUAGAGCCAUACAGGAGCAAACCCAAGAUGAUGAAACUGAAGCUGAAGGGGCAGAUGGAGCCAUACUUAAGAGGAGUGAGUCGGUAAAAGUGAAACUCAUCCCCCAGGCAGAGAAGCAAAUCCAAGAUGAGAAAACUGGAAUUAAAGAGGCAGAUAGAGCCAUACAGGAGCUGCCUGCUAACGCAGAGUUGGCCGGCGUGAAGAUCCAGGCCUGGUGGCGAGGUACGCUGGUACGCCGAACCCUGCUGCUUGCAAUCCUCAGCGCUUGGACCAUUCAGUCCUGGUGGAAGGAGACAAAGAGCAGGUUGCAGGGGAGGAAGUUGCAUGACGUGAUGCGCUGCAGACUGAGAAACCUAAACCUGAAGUCCAUCAGCAGAAGAAAACGACCCAACCAAAGAGGAGGCCUCUGUGGCUCAGAAGAUGAGCAGCUAUGGGCAUAGCCAUGGACGAGACACAGGUAGAGACAACAAAACUCUACCCAGCUCUCAUGUAUCUCCAUCCUGACCUAUGAGCAUCCUGUCCUUUGCUUGGUUAGCUCCUUCCUUUAAAACAACCCAAGGACUCAAAGAUAAAAAGGACCCGAGCAGCCAAGAAGAUCCAGGCCUUGUGGCGUGGAUUCCUGGUAAGGCAAACUCUGCUGGCUGCAGCCCUCCGCGUCUGGGUGAUUCAGUGUUGGUGGAGGAGCGUCCUCCACAGGCAGGUACUUAAACGACGGCUGUCCCUGCUGAGGGUGUACGUCAUCGAGGAAGAGGCAGCCGUCAGGCUCCAGGCCUGGGUUCGCAUGUGGAAUUGCCGUCGAUACUUCAAUCAAGUAUGCAAAACACUUUGUGUCAUCCCAUCUGUCGAAAACAGCCUUACCUUCAAGAAUGAUGACAUUUUACAGGGUCAAUAUGAAGUUGUUUCCAGGCAACCAGAGUUCCACAUUGAAAUCUUAUCCAUCUAAAGGCCCACAGCACAAAGAGUUGGCUCCAAUGCCUAAAUAAACACCUGAACUAAUA